CCAGCCAAGGGGGUGAAUGUUGGGCCCUGCUCCAAGCAUUCCCCCCAUUUUGCAAUUCCAGAAUGGAUAAGGAGUCAGGCUGCAGAUGCAAGGGUGACCUUCUGGGUGUCUAGGCCCCUAUCUCACUCCACUUGUGGUCAAGCUGUGGCCAACGCCCCCUGGAAGGGGAGUGAGGGUGGCAGGAACGAUAGCCCCUAACUUCACCAAUCCCACCAGGCCUGACUGCCCAUUAUCACAAGAUCUGAUAAGAGACCUCAACUCCAAAGCCCCCUCCCCUCUCCCAGGGUCUUGGCUAGGCCCUCAGCUCCAUAAAACAGGCCCUGGAGGCUAAGCACCACCGAGGCCAGUCCUGAGCUCCACCAGCUCCUGCCACUGCCAUGUCUCUGACCAAGGCCGAGAGGACCAUCAUCGUGUCCAUGUGGAACAAGGUGUCCACACAGGCUGACAGUAUUGGCACCGAAGCCCUGGAGAGGCUCUUCGCCAGCUACCCCCAGACCAAGACUUACUUCCCGCACUUCGACCUGCACCCUGGCUCGGCGCAGCUGCGCGCGCACGGCUCCAAGGUGGUGGCCGCUGUGGGUGACGCGGUCAAGAGCAUCGACAAUAUCUCGGGCGCGCUGUCCAAGCUGAGCGAGCUGCACGCCUACAUCCUGCGCGUGGACCCGGUCAACUUCAAGCUCCUGUCACACUGUCUGCUGGUGACCUUGGGCACGCGCUUCCCCGCUGACUUCACGGCCGAGGCCCACGCCGCCUGGGACAAAUUCCUGUCCGUUGUGUCUUCCGUCCUGACCGAGAAGUACCGCUGAGCGCUGUCCCCAGUCCCCCGAAGACAGGCUGAGGCCCUUCCCGGCCCCAGGCCUCAGGCCCCUCAUGUCCCGCAGGAAGCGCCAAUAAACAAAUCAACUUCCACCUGGUCUAUGUGGUCACUAGGCCGCUGU